AUGCACCACUCCAUGUCUUGUCUGUGGAGCUCGAGUUGUGCUUCGGCGACGUUGUGGUGGAACUUCUACGAAGAUUACGUAAGUGUUUUUUUUUGCAAUAAUAAUUUGCUGUUGCGGCUGUGCGCCUGUCCGCGGAUUACCUUCCUCCUCCAGCGCGUCCCUUAUAGCGUCGCUCCCCAAGCUUUCAACGAUUCCUACAGGGACAUUCUCAGUGCGUUCGGACGCAUUGCCGGCAUUACCGAAGAACUCGACACGGCUGACGAAGUCACCCGCGGGCGCAUCGCCCUGCCCCUCAGGCACGGCGGCCAAGGCCUCACCGACCCCUCUCACAUCGCAGACCAGGCCUUGGUCGCCAAUUGGGCAGCAUGCGCUCCGCUCCUGGCCAACAAAGCCCCCGCGCUCUCCGACAUCGCCAACGAGAUUUCAGGCCCGCGCCGCAGCGCACGCAACGCCGCCACCACCCGUCGACGGGAGCCCAACCAAAGCGGCCCUUGCCAUGGACACAUACGGGCUGCGUGGGACAGAAUCCGCAGUCUCGGAGACGAAGAGCAGAAAAUCCUGGCAGUGGGUUUCUCCGAGUCCGCCGGUGAAGUUUUCCCUGUGAAAGGACUGCAGCGCACGCUCUCACACCUGGAACACGAGCGCCGGUACAAGGGACUCUUCCAUGACGCAUCCCCCGAAGUAUCGGCCGCCAUGCACUCCCUCUCGAGCCCCCACGCAAUAACAUGGCACCGCGUCUGCCCCUUCGAGCCGCGGCUCCAGAUUGCCUCGGACCUCUGCAAGAUGCGGAUUCGACAGGAACUCGACCUCCCCAUGCCCUGCCUCACCGACGGGCACAACAACCAGCGUCUCGCGUACUGCUGCAACCCGCCCCACGCGGCCCUCGAACCUCGCCACGCUUUCAACCACCUAAUCUGCGUCCACACCAGCAACGCAGGAGGCAACCAGACCAGGACACACGACAAGGUAAAAUUCGCCGUUCAGGCGGUCUGCAAGCUGGGCGGCCUGACUACGUUCACCGAGCCAAUCGGCGAGAUACCGGGUACCACGAACCGGGAAGGCAACACCAACAGCCUGCGACCAGACAUCCGAGUCGACGGCCUGCGAGACACCGGCAUCACAAUCCUCGCAGACGUCUCCAUCACCCACAUCAUGGACUCGGCAGCCAACCACACGAGCCAACCACGACCCCGCCAAGGCAACUCGGCCCCCAACAGCGAUCCCAUCAUGAAACGCGAGACUGAGAAGAACAACAAGUACAAGACAGCGGCUGCGGCGGUGCAUAAGGAAUUCAUCCCGCUCGUGAUGGACACGUACGGACGAAUGGGCAAACCGUUCCUCAACCUCCUCAAAGACGUCGCCGCACACACCGCCCACCGAGCCUCGGGCAACGUCAACGAGCGAACGCAAGCCAUCUACGACUCCAUCGACCCGCCGAACGAGCUCCGAAACCGAAUCCACCUCCGCAACCUCGCCCUCGUACACGUCGCGCUUAUCAUCUCGCUCAUGCAAAGGGUCGCCGGAUCGACCGUCACCAACGACCGCCAGCACGGCGCUCGUGGCGGAAUAUACGGUGCACACGAACACUACGUGCAGCCGUACCCGGUCACUAACUUUUAA